GAUACAUUUCGUGUGAUACGGAUAUUAGCCGCGCUACCCUCGAGUGUGCCCUGAGUCGAGUCGAUUUUGUUUUGUGAUACGGGAGAAGAUGAAUUGCACCGUGCUGAAAGUGGUCGCCCUGCUCGUCGUGAUUUUCGGAGUGCAACACGCCGUGGCUAGGCCGAACAACAGGGUGAAGAGGGUGUCUGAUUCUCACUUGGCAGACCUAGAAACGAAGAUUGCGCUGAACAACAAAGUCAAAGGGUUCGCAAUAACUAUGCCUGUUGGGGCCGGCAGAAUAGAUCCCCUAAAAAUUGGUAGGAGGCGCAGGUCCCAGUCCAGAUUCCUGGACGUCCUCUUCAACCAAUCGGAAGAGGACAACGGCGACCCCAUCCCCAGGGACUACAACGACUUCCUGUACAACUACAACAGGGACUACAACUACUUACAGAGCCUACACUAAUGAAGCGUUCGGGAGCCAAUCCUGUUUAUCGCAAUUAAGAUAGUUUAAUGUGUGUAAUUUCCGCAGGAAAAGACAGAGAUCUGUCGGAGAUUGCGCCGGGGCAAGAAAAAAGCGUUCAAGGUCGGAGUUGGCGCGUAAGUCCAUCGCGAAUGCGGUAUGGACGAGGUAUUAACACUUCUAGUCAUUUUUCCUUGCCCCCCGUAGGUUUAAUGAUGUCAGUAUUAUAUCAAAGUCUAGUCCAUGUAUUUAUUUCCACGCGGCUCGGCGUUCCGUCGAAUAUUUUGUGGUAACUGUAGGGCCGCUUUAAGUUAUUUUCCAUUCUGUCAUAUUUCGUAGGUUAGUCGAAUUUCGUAGGUUAGGUCUUCAGGUUUCUGAAAACAACGUUCGGAGACGGCGGUGUGAGCAAAAUUUGAGAUUGUAAUAUUGUAUCCUGGCACAAGGAAUGUGCGUUAUUUAGAACUUGCAAAAUAUAUUUUUAAAGGUUAAGAUUGAAUUGUUGUGACUUUCUGUGAUCUUUUUAGAGGUGUGUAUUUUACAGGACCUGAACGCCUAUAUACCGAGUGGACAAGGAAAAAAUAACCUCUGUUAGUGAAAAAAUUCUGCUGUGGCAGUCUUAGAAAAGUGACUUUUCUUCUUAUUAAUCUACCAGUGAUUCAAAUGUAGCGCGUGAGGGGUUUGUUUGUUUGUCCGCUCCAUGUAGGGAAAAUUUGUAAAUAAUUUAUUGAAUUUUUUCCAGCCCGCAAGGCCGUUAUUUAUUUAUAUUUUAACGUAUUUGU